GGACAGACAGACAGACAGACAGAUAGACGGACCACGCCAUGGCGAGCCCGUGCGUGGAGCUGAGCAACAAGAUGAAGAUGCCCAUCUUGGGGCUGGGCACCUGGCAGGCUCCUCCAGGGAAGGUGGAAGAGGUGGUGAAGUUUGCUAUUGAUGCAGGUUACCGCCACUUUGACUGUGCCUACUUUUACCGAAAUGAAGACGAAAUAGGGAACGCCGUGGAGCAGAAGAUCAAGGAGGGGGUUGUGAAGCGGGAGGACCUCUUCCUCGUCAGUAAGUUGUGGAACACGUUUCAUGAGAAACCUCUGGUAAAGGAAGCGUGCAAGAAGAGCCUUGCCGCACUGAAACUGGACUACAUCGACCUCUACCUGAUACAUUUUCCUAUGGGAUACAAGGCUGGUGAAGAACUGAGUCCUGUGGAUGACAAAGGAAUGAUUAUUCCCAGUGAUACAGAUUUUCUGGACACAUGGGAGGCCAUGGAAGAGCUGGUGGAUGCUGGUCUAGUAAAAGCCAUUGGUAUCUCCAACUUUAACCAUGAGCAGAUUGAGAGACUACUGAACAAGCCUGGCCUCAGGUACAAACCUGUAAAUAACCAGAUUGAAUGCCACCCAUACCUCACCCAGGAAAAGUUGAUCAAAUAUUGCCAAUCUAAAGGGAUUGCUGUAACUGCCUAUAGUCCCCUCGGCUCUCCAAACCGCCCAUGGGCCAAGCCAGGGGAACCUAUGCUGCUUGAGGAUCCUAAGAUUAAAGAUAUUGCAGCUAGGCAUAAUAAAAGCCCUGCCCAGGUCGUGAUCCGGUUUCUUAUCCAAAGGAACGUCAUUGUCAUUCCCAAGUCUGACAAACCACAUCGUGUUGAGGAAAAUAUGAAGGUGUUCGACUUUGAACUGUCUAGAAAGGAGAUGGAUGUCAUACUCGGCUUUAACAGAAACUGGAGGGCGGUCGCAGUACCUGGCUGUCAAUCACAAGGACUACCCAUUUAAAGCAGAAUAUUAAUGCCUAUGGCUUCUGCAAGAUCUCCACAUACAACAGAUCUGAAGAUGUACCCUGCA